UGUUUAGGGGCUAACUUCCGCCAAACAUGUGACCAGUAAGUUGCGGUUAAACCUACAGAGCUCUGAUUAUGUAUAAGCGUUUAUUUUGUAUAAUGAAUCCAUGUUUGUAACCGGUUUAAACGACAGAUCAUCAUGCAUAAGCAUUUAUGCAGAUAACCUGAACAGAUGCAUGUUUCUACGUGGCUAAUGUGCGAGCGUUUGCAACAGGCAUAAGCGCCUGAGGUCGUAUCCUCGCUGUUUGUGCAAGGCUAUUGGCAGUUUGUUGUCGUAAAUAACUCCUUACUGUGGAUAAAAAUGUGAACGUUUCGGUGUGACAGCGGGUGUUGGGGAUCCGUGAGUCCUAUAAAUAUCGCUGUACCGAAACGAUUUGGUUUAUCAGAUUUCUGAACCAACGUUUAAAGCACCACAAUGGACACCAAGUUAUUCUUCAUCGCCGCUGUCUGCCUUAUGGCUAUUGGCGCGGAUGCGUGUAUCUGUACAAUGGAGUACCGCCCUGUGUGUGGCGUCGAUGAUAAAACUUACAGCAACUUAUGCCAACUGAAUUGCGAGUCGGUACAGAAGAAGCAUGAUGGUGCCUGCCGCCCCAAGACUGACUGCCCAUGUCCCAGGCACCUGGACUAUGUUUGUGGCAAUGACGGUCUCACUUACGCCAACGAUUGUCUCAUGAGAUGCAACGGAGCCACUGAAGCCUAUAAGGGACAAUGCUAGAGGGCCAUUAAAUACUAGAUUGUCAUGAACAUAUAUCGAAAUAAAUAUAUUGGCAUUGAAA